UGCAAGCUUUUGGGUGUAAUAUCUCUCAUUCCCUCAAAGCCUCCAUGCUGGCUUUGGGCUUUCUCCUGAUCUAGCAACCCAUACAUGGAUAAGAAGGCAUAACGAUAAAUAGUUGAUUAUUUAAUAUUUGCUACGGUAACACCUAGAGGCUCCUCUCAGUUAUCGGGAUCCAGUGGGUAAGGUACUGUGCAUCCUCCAAAACAUUUCCUGCCCACAAAUGCUCAUAACGGAAAUAUCAUUUUCUGCUUUUCCCCCUUCCUAGACUGUCCUCAGCCAGGCAGAGAUGGCAGUACAGAUUUGCAUGGUGUUUCUUAGGCAUGUAUGAAGACGUGCCUGGAACAGCAAACAGCUAGGCAGAGACAUGGAUGUGACCUGCAAGCAGGCAGAGGAAGUGGUAAUGAUGUCUGGAAGAGACAUGGCCAAGCCACUCCUAGGCCGUCGGAACGUGGACAAUGACCCAAACCUGGUGCCCACGGUCGGCCGCACCAUCGGGGUCCUGGGAAGCGGCGACUUUGCACGCUCCCUGGCCAUUCGUCUGACAUUCUCGGGUUUCAAGGUGGUGGUUGGAAGCCGCAACCCCAAGCGCAAAGCCAGCCUCUUUCCGUCGGCCACAGAAGUGACUUUCCAGGCCGACGCAGUGAAGAAGACCGAUAUUAUUUUUGUGGCCGUUUUCAGGGAACACUACUCUAUGCUCUGCGAGCUGAGUGACGCGCUGACGGGCAAGAUACUGGUGGAUGUCAGCAACAACACCGAAAUGAACCUCCACAAAGAAUCAAAUGCGGAGUACCUGGCUUCCCUCUUCCCAACGUGCACUGUUGUCAAAGGAUUCAACGUGAUAUCAGCAUGGACUUUGCAAUCAGGUCCCAGAGAUGGAAAUAAGCAGGUCUUGAUCUGCUCCGAUAACCAAGAAGCCAAACGCGCAGUUGCUGAAAUCGUUCGUGUCAUGGGCUUCACCCCUGUGGACAUGGGCUCCUUGUCUUCAGCCUGUGAAAUUGAGAACAUUCCUCUGCGCCUCCUCCCAGCUUGGAAAAUCCCCGUCUUUCUGGCCCUGGGCCUCUUUCUCUGUUUCUUCACCUAUAACUUGGUCAGACAAGUGAUACACCCCUACAUCAGGGAGCAGAAGAACAAGUUCUACAAAAUCCCCAUUGAGGUGGUCAAUACCACGCUGCCAUGUGUGGCCUAUGUCAUGCUGUCACUUGUCUAUCUGCCUGGGGUCCUGGCAGCCUUGUUACAGCUGUACCGUGGCACGAAGUACAGACGCUUUCCAGACUGGCUGGACCAGUGGCUACAGCACAGAAAGCAGAUUGGUCUCCUCAGCUUUUUCUGCGCAGCCCUGCAUGCUGUAUACAGCCUGGCCUUGCCCAUGCGCCGGUCUCAUCGGUAUCAGUUAAUAGAGACAGCCGUCAAACAGGCAAUGGAGAAGAAACCUGAUGUGUGGAUAGAGGAGGAGGUCUGGAGAAUGGAGAUUUAUGUCUCUUUUGGAAUAAUCGCCCUGGGCUUGCUGUCAUUACUCGCCAUCACGUCACUUCCAUCCAUCGCCAACUCUCUCAACUGGAGGGAAUUCAGUUUUGUUCAGUCCACCCUGGGAUUUAUUGCUUUGGUCAUCAGCACCCUUCACACGCUCACCUACGGAUGGACAAGGGCCUUUGAUGAAAACCAAUACAAAUUCUAUUUGCCUCCAACCUAUACCCUGACACUACUGGUGCCAUGUACUGUCAUCCUUGCUAAAGUCUUCUUUCUCUUGCCCUGUGUCCGCCAAAGACUGCUGCGUAUCAGGAGGGGCUGGGAAAAGGGUAGGUAUGUGAAAUUCACCCUGCCCAGCGCGACUGGGGAGUUUUCAAGUGGGGAAACUUCCAGUAAUGUGUAACAAGGCACUUCUUCUUGGGGAAGAUAACAAAGCACUAUGAAGAUUUCUAGAGUUCAGCUGUAUAUGUUUGGUAUAAUUGUAUUGUGGGUAACUAUAGGCAUCUUCAGUGACUUUAGAAAAAUCAAUUACCACGGAACUAGUUUAUGCAGAAGUAUUUAAAGUAUAUUGCUGAUUUCCUAGUAAAGUGUUGCCUUAAAAAUCACCAUGACACUGGAGCUAGCUGCUCUGAAUAUAGACAGAAUGAAUACUAAGGAAGUCCAGAGGUUGCAGUGGUUAGUUGGGAGUAUAGAUGGUGGUACGCUGUACUGGUAAUUCUCUAUUGCAGCCCCAUAUACACCCACAGGAUUUAAAUGCUUAUUUCAAGUGGGAGGGGGCAUAGACUUUCUUCUUGCCCGCGCUCCACAAGGACAAGGAAAUCCAUCUCUAGAUGACCCAAGGAAAGAAAGCCUGAAUCUACUGAACUGAAAAGAUGGCUCUGAGAUGUGCAGUGGGGUUUUUUUGUUUUUUAUGUUUUUUUCUUUCCCCAUCACUGGGGAGUGGACAUGAAGGUGAAUGAGGACAAGGUAAGUUUUGGCCUUAACUGUUUCAGGUAUGCAGUAGAAAUGUCCAGGUACUUUGCGAGUUGCUGGAGAAGCUUCUGAAGCUGACCCAGGGACUCAGCAAACUAGAGAGCAAGUCUAACUAGCCCCUACUUUUGAGGGCAAACAGGGCAUUUCUACUUCUGCAAAUAGUGUCAGUGUAGGUGCAUUUAAAUGGAUAUGGGAAAGAUGAUCUCUUUCCAAAGGUGGUAAAAGCAUUAGGUUCUGAAAGUCAAUAAUGUGCCUGAAGUGCAUUUAUACCUUAAAAUAAUCCAUGGGAGCCAUUACUGUCACAUGUUCUCAGUUUUUAUGAAACCAGAGUUGUAUGCAUGACCUAGUAGCGGAAAAAACACAGACCUAAAUUUUCCAAAAGGACUCGCAGCCUUGCAAUACUAAUUCAGAGCAUUGGGGAACUAGUGGCUAGCAGAGCAAAAUGCAAGAACUGAGGUCAGGUGGUUCAAAACUACACUCUCUAUUGGAUCCAAAACAUUUCCAACAGUUUCUACAGCAGCAGCUUUCACUACCAAUGAAGACAAGGCAAAACGUUCUUAUCAAGGAUGCAACUUGUUAUUCCAUCACCAGGUCUCAAUCAUGGAAAGGGCAGAGAUCAGUGACACAUGAUGCGCCUAAUUCUCCGCAGCCCUGCACACUGAAAAAUUCUUCAGGGACAGGUCCAAGGGACUGAAUAGAUUGAUUUUGAUGGAGGUUGGGGGCCUAAAUAUGAGUUAGGCUUGUUUUGCACAGGGCUCAUGGCCACAGAGAACAAUGGAGAACUAAAUCAUAUUGUUCUCUCUCUUCCCUCUGUUCGCCAUCCAUUUGAACACUUGGAGCCAGGUCCAGUUCUGCCUCUUAGACAUCUCAAUAGGCCUAGACACCCAGGAGUGAUCCUGCAUGAGCCCCUAAAAACCAUUAACACAUCUACUUUGGUAACAGGCUGCUACCAAGCUGUAAGACUGUCACAGAAAGCAGCAAAGAGAAGGACAGACUCACGUUUUGCAUUAAUGGAUUGUCAGGGUCUUGAGCAGAGUGGAAUAGAAUCCCACUUAGACACAUCACUUCACUUACACAUUUAGUAGCUGCAUAAGGAUCUGGCUCCUGCCCUUUAUCACAAUGAUCCUUCAGCCUGUGGGCAGUACAGAUUCAUGUUCCACCCUGAAUGGCAGUAAAAUGUCAUCUCAGGUGCUUUACAGAUUUGCAGGGCGAGGCAGUUGAGAGCUAGAGACACAGGGAGAUUGUCUUAGGAAACAUAUGAUAGGAACUGGUUGCAAUAGCUUGGUUUUCCUACAAAAGAACAGAAUAUAUAGGUCAGUGCUGGAUAGUGCCUAGAAGACACAUGUUAAAUACCUCAACAAUGGGAGGAUUUUUAAAAGCAGCAGUGUAGCCUUAAAGUGUCAGCAACGGCAAUGACUUUCCAACUCCACAGACCAGAGAUGAUAACCCAGAAUUUCAGUUGUUUCAAAAGGACAGCAUUGAAAUCUCUAAACAAUCCCUUUUUUCUUACUAAAUAAAAGGAAAUGAGGGUAAGUGAGAGAAAAUGAGGAUUUCACCAUCAAUAAUUUGGUUGUAAGACGGGAGGUGUUGUGCAUUCCUGCUGUGUCUUUCAGGGCAAAUCGGAUUAUCCCGAACCUCUGUGCUCCAAUUGUAAUCUGCUAAAAUUGCUCACAAAAGCAAAUAGACUUGGCAG